GAAAGUACAUGACAGACCAAGGUUCAAUGUAUACGAUACUUCAAGGUGUGCCAGUGAUGGUUUCGCCCUUGUACACAUUACCGAAGAAGGUUUUUGUGGCCUCUGAGCUCAAGAUGGUCAUUGACGAUGUCGCAAAGUUAGUAAGUAGUUCUUUUGCUCGUAUAUUUGAAAUGGUUUACUGAGAAAUAUUCCUGGGACCUUUCUAGCCAGUGUAUCCUUUCUCAAUCGA